AUGGCCAAGGUGCACCGGCUCAUCUUCGUCGUGCUCAGGGUCGCCGCCGCUGCCGCUGCGGCAGCCGCGGCGAUAAUCAUGGUGACCAGCCACGAGACCACCAGCUUGUUCGGCUUGGAAUUGGAGGCCAAGUACUCCCACAUCCCGUCGUUUAUCUUCUUUGUGGUGGCAUUCGCCGUGGCCUGCGUCUACAGCCUGCUCGUCGUCCUCGUGCCGCCGGGGAGCGCCGCCUCCAGAUUGGUGGUCAUGACCGACGUGCUAAUGGGGAUGGUGCUGACCGGCGCCGUCGCGGCCUCGGGAGCCAUUGCGGAGGUCGGGAGGAACGGCAAUUCGCACGCCGGGUGGCUGCCCAUCUGCGACCAGGUGCACGGCUACUGCACACACGUCAUGGGAGCUCUCAUCUCCGGCUUUGUCGCGCUCAUCCUCUACUUCCUCAUCAUCAUGUACUCGCUGCACGUAGUCGCUGAUCCCAUGUGUCCAUGCCAUUAGGUCAUCCUCGCGGCUGUUUGUUCGCCACUUGUUGCCGGUCUCCAAUCUUUACUACGGAGUAAUUAUAAUUUUGAUGUUGGCAGAGUCUACAGAUCUAUUCCGAGCAUCUUCUUCUCCAGUUCAGUACGACGAUUUGAAAGGAA